AUGGAGCCGCAGACGCAGCCUGCGCCAUUCGGGCAGGCGCCCUCAAGGCAGGUGCUUCCCAGCCACCGCGUGGUGCAGUCGGGCCAAGUCUAUGCCUCGCGCCCUGCUGCUUGGAGCACGACGGCACCCAGCAACGUGCGAACGGCGCAGGUUCGCACUGCGGCGCCGGCGCUCAGCGCUGCUCUACCCGAGUGCUCCGAGGAGGAAGAGGAGGAAGAUGAGAUUCCUAGCGAGUUGGGUCCGGAGCCCGGCAACGCAACCAACUUGGCAGCGCUGCUGCCCAUCGAGACACUGCAGCAGCAGUAUCCGCACAAUGCCAACCUGCAGCAGCAAUUCGGCGAGCUGGCCCGGUCCUUCAAAGCCUGGCGGCCGGUCCGCGGCGACGGCAACUGCUACUACCGGGCCGUCCUCUUCGCUUGGUUAGAGCGAUCCCUGGCCGUGGGCGCCGUGCGCCACGCGCAGUCUCUGGCAGCGCAGUUGAAGCCCCACCGGGACGGCCCGUUUGGAAAUCAGGCCCGGAUAUGUCGCAGGCUUCUAAAAGCCUGGGCCGCGCAGCGAGCGCGGUGCAGCAGCAGCGAUGCAGUGCGCGCGUUGCUGCGGCGGGUUACCGACGAAUUCAACAGAGCUCGAAACGACGCUGCCUUCAUCGUUUGCUUGCGGCAGCUCAUUGCGCAGUACGUCCGCGCUCACGCGGGCGAUCCUGUUGGCAGCCAGGGGGACCAGAGCAACAUCCUCACGUACGAGACGUGGGCUCGCGCCAUUUCCGGAGCGCGGUCUCUGGACGAGUAUUGCGAGCAGUACAUCUGCUGCAUGAACAAGGAUGCCGCCGACCAUGUACAGUGGGUCUGCCCACAAGUGCUGCAGACCGUCGUGCGGAUUUGUAUGGUCGACAGGGAGACAGCGAGCUGCACUUUCAUCGACUAUGGUCAGGGCACGGCGGUGUGGACCCCGGGCUCACGGAGCCGAGCGCCGGUCAAGACCGCCGCUCAGCUCGCCACGGCUACCGGUCAGAGAGCGCCGGAGAUUUUCCUGCUACUCAAGCCCGGCCACUAUGACAUCCUGGUAGCUCGCGACCAGGCGGGGCAGCUCCUCGAGCCCACCCCUCUUGCUGAGCAGCAGGCUCCUCCCUCGGUUGUAAAGCCUGGAGUUGGUUGGGGCAGAGCCUCCUUGGAGGACGUCGCAUCCGGCUUCCGCGCUGUCCUCCGAUGUUUAGAGGAGAAGCUCGUUGAGGAGCUGCAGGGAAAGCGCCAGCGUCUCGGGAGCUGUGAUGAGUCUUUGUUCCUCGGGCAGCUGAUCAGCGUUCUGGAGCCCUUGCAUGAGCUCCUGCAGCCGGGCAAAGUGGAGCCCGGUUCUGCGCUGCGCUCGCUUUUGCCACUCCUGGACCGAUUCCUCAGCGCACCUGCUGCGGUGGCGGCGAACGGCAAACUUCCGUCAGCGCCCUCGCCGCCUGUGAAGGAGUGCCCUGCCCAUUCUCCGAUUGUGGCGCAAACACCGUCGCAAGUGCCGGGAUCGACCUGUUGUAUUUGCAGGCAGCCGAACCCAGCCGCCGUUGCUGCCUGCGGCUGCGGCUACCAUCUUAGCUGUUUUCAGGCCUACCUCAGAGACUUGCGCACGCGCGGGCAGCAGCCCAGCUGCCGCUUCCACCAGCGCCUCUUCUCCCCGGACUUCCUCGCGCGGUACGGCGACGUUUCGCCCUCCGCGCCCGAGACCCGGAAGCUCACGCUGCCCCCGACGACGGUGCUCCGAACGUCGGAUCUGGAAGCCACGAGGCCACCCCUCUCGCCGUCGCCCGAACGAUCAAUCUCUGGCCGCGUACUGCCGCAAAGUGGCAAUGUGGGCGCGGCGCUGGGCGUCCCAUGUCUCAUCUGCUACGGGGAGGACAACCUCCUGAAGACCCUGCAUUGCGGCUUCAAAGUACAUGUCCACUGCCUGAAGGAUUUUUGGUGUCAGAAGGUGACGACGCUUUGCCGGCUCACCGACAUCCGCUGCCCAGCCGAACUCUCCGGCUGCUCGGCGUUUCUUUCGGAGAGCGACCUCCGAGGCGUCAUCUCGGCAGAGGACCUGGCGGAAGCGCAACGCCGGAUCAAAGACGUGGACGACCGCAACGCACGACUCAUUGAGGAACUGCGCCGGCAAAGCGAAGAGUAUCGGCCGACGUUUCGCUGCGCCAUCUGCCUUGUGGAUCACGAGGUGGAGGGCUGCUGCACGCUGCCCUGCCAGCAUCGUUUCUGUUUCGAGAGCCUUCAGUACCACUUCGACCUCAUUGUCCGGGAGCGGCGGCUGGCGAAGCUGACCUGCCCGGCAGAAGGUUGCGGUUACAACCUCCGGUCGGAAGAAUCGAUUCCCAUCUUCCAGCAGUGUUUGCCAGAGGCCUCGUACCUGAAGCUCCUGGAGUUUCUCACCCGGGAUGACCCGCGGAUCGUCGACUGCCGCGCCAGAGGUUGCGAAGAGCGCGUUUUCGUUGAAGAAGGCGACAACUUCGCAGAUCUGACGUGCCCCAAAGGCCACCGAUUCUGCGCCAAAUGCGACAAUGGGCCACAUCCUGCCAUGACUUGCGAUGCGAGGCGGAAUCAGCUGCAGGAGGAGUAUGGCUUCUCGGAGGCUUUUCGCCAGGCACUGAGACUGGGUUGGAAGCCGUGCCCUCAGAGAUGUAAAUAUGGCGGCGGCUACAAAUCUCAGGAGGAGUGCGACCAUGUGACCUGCGAGUGCGGUUUCGAGUUCUGCUGGGAUUGCGGCGUAGAUCGGCGCGUACCACUGGCCCACGACAACAGGUGGCACAAGCCCUCCUGUCGUUACCACACGCCCUACCAUGAGGUCGCGGAGAUCCCGCGGCAAUCGCCCCAUUGCCCCGCCUGCCGGCUGCUGGCCAGCGCCGGAGACCCGCGGCCCUGUCGCUGGCCCGCGGACGACGGCUAUCCCGAGUCCUACCUCGGCCUGAUCCUAGAGAAUGCCCUGGUCCGUGCAGCUGCGGUGGACGCUCUGUCGAAGAUCGCGAUGAAAUGCACGACGCUUCGCAAGGACGUCCUUCUUUUGCUUCAGUUCGGAGCCAACGACAAUGACGACGAGGUGCGAGAUAGAAUCAAGCUCUACAGCAACGUACUCAAGCAGUGCGUGGAGGAGACCAACGAUGUGGCCAAGGUCGGUUACGAGACCUUGAUGUCCGCAGACACCAACUUCUCCGUGGACGCCCUGUAUGAGAGUUUGGUGGACCAGAUGCAGAACGGCAGUAUGGACCAAAUUAUCGACUUUGGCAACCUGCCCUCUGCAGAGGCUUAUGCUGCUGCCGCCAAGGCGAAGCAAGCCCUCGAGCCUGAGAAGAAGAAGCCAGGCGCACCGCCGGCGCCAAAAGCGGCCGCUGCGCCCCAGGAGCAGGAGCAGCGUGCGGCGAGCUCCUCCGAAAUGGCACGUGUGGUGUCGGAGAUCUUAGGGGACGGCGACCUUGGCCCGCUGCAGCACAGCUGCAAGCCCAAACCUCUCACCGAGAACGAGGCAGAGUACACAGUGCAGGUCAUCAAGCACAUGUUUGCUCAGCACCUGGUCUUGGAGUUGUACGUGUCCAACACCGUGCAAGGCAUCACGCUCGAGGAGGUCCAGGUGAACCUGACGGGUCUCGAGCCGGGCUGGUCGGAAGUUGGUGCGUCGGCCAUCAACAAGCUGGAGUUCGGUCAGAACGGGUCUGCGCACGUCGUCCUGCGGAAAAACGGCGGCGAGGACACCGCCGGCGUGGUCUCGGCUUCUCUCGGUGCGUCGCUGAGAUUUAUCGUCAAGGAGGAGGGUGACGAUCUGGGAUACGAGGACGAUUAUCCAGUUGAGAAUGUGACGAUCAGCACCGGUGACUACAUGUUCCCACGGGGACUCCAGUCUGGUCAAUUCCGCUCCGUGUGGGAGCAGCUCACCGCACAAGGAACGGAGGUCACGCAGAAGCUGAGCUUGAAUUUCAAGACGCUAGAAAUGGGCGUGGACUGGAUCAUAGCGACAUUGAACAUGCAGCCGUGCGACAACACGGGAAAGGUCGAGCAAGGAGGGCGAGGGCACACCGUGCUUCUGAGUGGCACCUUCCUCGGCGGCCAGACCUGUCUGGUGAAGGCCCUCGUUGGCAUGGAUGCCGAGCGGGGCUGUGUUGCGCGAGUCUCCGCGCGAGCGAAGAGCGCUGACAUCUGCCAGGUCGUGGUCAAUGCGCUGAUGUGA